AUGGCAGAAGACGAACCUCGCGCUAAGCGCUCGCGUUUCGAUCAAACUGAGCCCGAGCCUCGACGCUCCCGAUUCGACCGUCGCUCACGAUCCCCUUCGAACCGACAGUCGGAAUCGACUAGAACUCGCAGCCCAUUGAGUCGCCCGCUGAGUGGUGAACCUCGUAGCCCUGGCGCAGGCGCAGCGCAAUCAACUCCUUCGGAUCCGGCCGCUGCUGCAGCCGCUGCGGCAGCCAAGAUCAAUGCACAGCUUCAGGCUAAGAAAGGAGUCCAGCAUGUCGACGUUCCUCCUAUCCGCUCUACCGAAGGCACGGCCGAUGAAUCCAAAUCGCCUAGUGCAGAGGGCGCUGCCAAGUUGAACGCCGAGAUCUACGUUGCAGAUGGCGACUACAUCAAGGACAUCGAGAUCAAUGAUCUGCGGAAUCGUUACACCCUGACCAAGGGAUCUACUCAGAAGAUGAUUAAGGAUGAGACUGGCGCCGAUGUUACCACCCGGGGCAAUUAUUAUCCCGACAAAAAUAUGGCCACGGCCGCGAACCCUCCUCUCUACCUUCACGUUACCAGCACUAACAAGGAUGGACUGGAGAAGGCAGUCGCUAUUAUUGACGACUUGAUGCAGAAGGAAUUGCCUAAUCUGGUCGACGAACGCCGAUUCCGUCGCCGGGAGCCCGAACAGGUCGAACGGGAUGAGUAUGGCCGUCGCAAAUGGCCUGAUGAACGCAUCCCUAUCGACCUUGAGCCUGUGCCCGGCUUCAAUCUGCGUGCCCAGGUUGUUGGUCAGGGUGGUGCAUACGUGAAGCACAUUCAGCAACAGACCCGAUGCCGAGUUCAGAUCAAGGGCCGUGGUUCGGGUUUCAUUGAGUCCAGCACUGGCCGUGAAAGUGAUGAGGCCAUGUUCUUACAUGUCGCAGGACCUGAUGCCAAUGAUGUCCAGCAAGCCAAGGAGCUUUGCGAAGACCUUCUAGCUAAUGUCAAGGAGCAGUACCAGCGCUUCAAGGAUAACCCGCCGCAGCACAACUACGGUGGAUACGGCCGCGGCGGAGACCGGGGAGAUCGCUACCAAGGUGGUGGUGGUAGAGGUGGAUAUGGCGGCGGCUAUGAGAACCGUCAAUCUCAACAGAAUAGCUCUUCUGCCAGUCCCUCAGGCCAAGCGACUCCCGGCUCUGCCGCUGCUGCCGGAACCCCUGCCGCUGACUACAGCGCCCAGUAUGCGCAGUACUACGGCGCCGACCCUUAUGCCGCUUAUGGAGGCUACCAGAACUAUGUGGCUUACUACCAAUACUACAUGGCCGCCCAGCAACAGCAGCAGGCUCAGGAUGGUGCUGCUCCUCCACCUCCCCCUGCCGGCGAAGCACCACCGCCGCCUCCUGGAUCCGGUUCUCCCCCUCCCCCACCUCCUGGUGGACCUCCUGGGGGCAAUGGAUACAGCGCGGUCCCCCCGCCCCCUGGUCUGUAA